UGUUAACUCAAAUAAAUAAGUUAAUUUACUUUUGUUUAAUAAGCACCGUAGUAGGCUGUAUGUGGUCUUCAGAAUUGCAGCUUUCACACCCCAUUUCAGAAAACUUCGAAAGAAAAAUAUAAAUUCACACGUUUCCUAGCACGUCUAUAAACAAAUUCAAACUAUUAUUUAAUAAUAUAAAAAGCUAAUUUUAUCACAGUGGAUUUUCAAUUCUCGCGUUUAAUGCACACUCGCUCUACUCCAUGGACCGAAAAUAGCGGGUGCACAUACCCAUCUAUUUAGGUGCUCUCAGCCAUGAUCUAACAAAUAGAUGGUCUAGCCACGCACAAGUAAAAAAAACCGAACCAAUACGGACCCACCGCUUAAUUUCUCCAUUUUGGAUAAGAAAGGUGGCAAACAGUUAGAAGUGUAAGCAAUUCUUCGAAAUGGCCCUGCCAGCAAACUACAAACAAGUGGCGAUGUCUACUUCGAGUGUCGUUGCUACGAAUCAACGCGUUCGUGCCACUGGUGGAAGCAGCAGCAGUUCAAAUACAAGUAAAGACACACAAAGUCCUUUCAUUCAAACACCCCAUGGUCAUCCAGGAUUUACUCCUCAGAAGGUUGGAAAAAACACAGCUGCUGAUUCUAGGACUCCGAAACCACCUAAACCGCCAGAAAAACCUCUUAUGCCGUACAUGAGAUACAGCAGAAAAGUUUGGGAUCAAGUUAAAGCUCAGAACCCGGAAUUAAAAUUAUGGGAAAUAGGCAAAAUCAUUGGUCAAAUGUGGAGGGAGCUGCCAGAGGUUGAUAAAACUGAAUUCAUAGAAGAAUAUGAGACGGAAAAGGUCGAGUAUGAGAAAAGUUUGAAAUCUUACCACAACUCUCCAGCAUACUUAGCGUAUAUUGCUGCCAAAAAUCGUGGAAAGUCAGAUUCACGUCUUGUAUCUAAUGCAGCGUUGUGUGCAGCACAACAAAGUACUGAUGAUCGCGAAAGUCAUGAACGAUCAUCAGGAAGUAGCAAAAGCCAAGCAGCUCAGGAUAGACGCAUUGAUAUUCUACCCGCUGAAGAUGAAGAUGAUCAAGACGAUGGAUAUACAGUGAAGCACGUGGCUUACUCUCGGUACACUCGUAAUCAUCGGCUCAUUAACGAAAUAUUUAGCGACACUGUAGUGCCGGAUGUACGAUCUGUCGUUACUACUCAAAGAAUGCAAGUUCUUCGUCGGCAAGUUCAGUCCCUCACGAUGCACCAAAAAAAAUUAGAAGCUGAACUUCAGCAAAUUGAAGAAAAGUACGAGGCAAAGAAGCGAAAGUUUGUUGAAGCGAGUGAAGUCUUUCAGGAAGAACUAAAAAAACAUUGCAAACCUGCGGUGGAUGAAGAUGCAUUCAAUAAGAUGGUGGAACGCCAAUAUGACCUUCUACGCCGUGAUAGACUUAAGGGUCCUGAGGAAAACCGUUCUGAUGGACCAGCAUCCAGUGAAUCAACACCAAAUUCAACACCCACGCCGACGACAGCUGCUAUGAAUGAGGAAGUUUCAGCUGAUCAAUCAACCGAUAACGAUCCAAUGGAGAAAAAAUCGAUAGAACCGGGAAAGAUACAGAAAAAGGGAACUCAAUCGCCUCCUUAUGAGGAAGGAAAACCAGAAGUAGCAGUACAACCAAACUCUCCCCAUCAAUCGAACACUGCUGGAAAUUACCCGGGUGCGAUUUCUCCGAUGGUUCCAACUCCAUCACAACAGCAGUCAUCUCCAUCGCCAAUCCCUCAAUCGAAUCAACAACUGCAGUCUCAGAUUCCGUCACCUGGUCAACAAUCGCAGGGGACGAUGCCUCAACCAAAUCAAGCACAACUGGUUUCUCCGUCACAAAUGCAACAGCAGCAACAAACUCAGCUGCAGCUACAAUCGCAGCCACAACAAUUACAAUCUCAACAGCAACAAUUGCAAUCUCAACAACAGCAGGUACAAUCUCAACCACCACUACAACAACCUCUACCAUCUCAACAGCAACCAUUGCAACCGCAACAACAGCCACUGCCACCACCACAACAACCUCCCCAGCAGUUACCGUCACAACCACCAGCAGCUUCUCCAGCUCCACCAACCCCAACGCCGCCUCCAGCAUCUCCUAUGCAACACCCACCGCACCAAUCUGCAGGAAUUCUUCCAAAUCACUCGGUAACACCACACCCAGGACCUCAAGGCGCACCACAAAUUCUUCCCGCUACAGGGGCUCCAACUACUACACAUACAGGUCCCAUGAUGCCACCAGGUCAAGCUUAUCCACAGCAAUAUCCUUCUGGCGGUCAACAGCCGCAAAACGUUCCCCUUGCUCCCAGGCCUCCACAUCCUUCAUACGGUUAUACACAGCAACAAACGUACCACCAACCAUACCCACAGUAUCCACAUCCCUACUAUCAUCAACCUUACUCUCAAUACCCAUCCCAUGCGAUGGGAAGGCCACAUCCUCAUGGACCUCAUAGUCCACAUAGUCCUCAUUAUCAUCCUCAGUCUCCCCAUGGAGUAGCAGAUAGUAGUGGUGGUAACAAUGCUCCACUGAGCACAAGUUCCGUAUCCAGUUCUGAUGUAGGGAAUCCGAAUUUUUCCCCUGCUCCGAUGCACAAUGAAAGUGAGCGAUCGGUACCACCCGAAGGUCAGGGGGAGGGACAAGCGGAUGUUAAGCCGAACUCGGGGUGAAUUAUUUUGUAAGGACUUAGGGUUGUUAAUUCUGAAAGUAGUAUUAUAUAUUCAUGUAAUAUUAUUUUAGCAUACGAUUUUGAAGUUGAAUAAAUUUUUGGUGCAUAAGAAUAGCAUAUUGCAAAUUA